AUGUUGAGAACUAUCCGUUACUUCAGUUCCUCCUCCGUUUCGAAGGUUAACUAUGGGUUUAUUGGUUUAGGUCAAAUGGGCCAACAUAUGGCUAGACAUAUAUAUGAUAAGUUGGAAAACGAUAAAUUAUAUGUUUAUGAUGUUUCACAAGAUGCUACCAACACUUUCAUACAAUCAGUAACAUCAUCAAAUUCUGCCAAUAGUGGUAAAAUCAAUCAAUUAUCAUCCAUCAGUGAUUUCAUUAAAAGUGGUGAUGAGCAAUUGGACUAUAUCAUUACUAUGGUUCCUGAAGGUAAACACGUCAAGGCAGUCAUUGAAGAGUUGGUAAGUGUUACUAAAAAAGGUUCACCUUCCAAGAAAACCACAUUCCUUGAUUCUUCAACCAUCGAUAUUCCUACAUCGAUUGAGAUCCAUAAAUAUGUCAAAUCAGAAAUCCCCGAGUUCGAUUUUGUUGAUGCUCCUGUGAGUGGUGGUGUUGCUGGUGCUAAGAAAGGUACUUUGUCAUUCAUGUUAUCCCGAGCCGAUGACGAAUCCAUUACUUCAGAAUUAAGAUCUCUUCUCAAUAAAAUGGCGAAGAAUAUUUUCCCUUGUGGAAGUAAUCAUGGUACUGGUUUGGCUGCUAAGUUAUCUAACAACUACCUUUUGGCUGUCACUAACUUAGCUGUAGCAGACUCUUUCCAAUUAGCCAAAUCUUUCGGACUUGAUUUACACAAAUAUGCCAAAUUAGUAUCAGUAUCCACUGGAAAAUCAUGGGCUUCAGUUGAUAAUUGUCCUAUUCCAGAUGUUUACAGUGAUAUUCCAAGUAAUAAUGGUUAUAAAGGAGGUUUUGUUACCAAAUUGACCCGUAAAGAUCUCGUUUUAGCUACUGCCAGUGCAGCAAAAAACGGAAGAUUCUUGUAUUUAGGAGAUAUUGGGAAAUUCUGGUAUGACAAAGCUUGUGAAGAAGAGAGUAUCGCUAGUAGAGAUUUGGCCGUUUUAUACGAAUGGCUUGAAGGUAUCGAUGAAGAGAAAGGUAAUGCCUUGUUAAAAGAACAUAAGUAA